AUGCCUUCACCUUAUACACAACUGUCCCAAAUUCUCCUUCAAUAUCCUUCAUUCAGCACUAUUUCUACACUCAGCAACACCUCCAAUGGCAACUAUGCAAAAUUCUCAGGUACCAAUAGAUUAUCAUUAUCCACAAUCAUUCACAGAAAAGGUAUCACUUUGGUUGGAAAAUUCAAGAGUCUACCCAUCAAACAACAAUUGCAAGAAACCAAAGAUUCUGAUGAGAAAACCAGUAAAUUUCAAGUGCAGAGUCUCAUAGAUUCAAUUACAGGAUUACCCAUUAAAGAUAGAAUUGAAAUUCUCAAUAAUUUUAUGAAAAAUGGAGAAUCUUGGAGUUUAUCAGAGUUCAAUGAUCUUCUCAUGGCUUUAGUACAAGCCAAUGAGCUUGAUCUAGCAUUAUACAUGUAUUCUAAUGUCUCCACUCUUUGUUUAGUCCCAGAUUGUUGGACACUUUCAAUUAUUGUCAACUGUCACUGCAAGAGAAAUGAAGUUGAUGAGGCUAAACUAGUUUUAUACUACAUGUUAGAAAAUGGGUUAAACCCUAGUGUGGUAACAUUCACCACAUUGGUGAAUUCAUAUUGCAAAAAGGGUAAAUUAAAGAAAGCUUUUGAAGUUAUUGGAUUAAUGGAUGGAAAUGGAUGCAAACCAAAUAUCCAAACUUAUAAUUGUUUGUUGAAGGGUUUGUGUUAUGUAGGAAGAGUAGAGGAAGCUUUUGAUUUACUCGGGGAGAUCAAGAAAUUGCGCGUAAAACCGGAUGUUUAUACGUACACAGCUUUGAUGAAUGGUUUUUGUAAAGUGGGUAGAUCAGAUGAAGCAAUGGAGUUGCUUAAUGAAGCUAUUGAGAUUGGUUUGACUCCAAAUGUUAUCACUUUUAAUACUCUGUUUGAUGGGUAUAAUAAAGAGGGGAGGCCAUUGUUAGGAGUUGGUGUGAUGAAGAAAAUGAAAAGGAUGAAUUGUUUGCCUGAUUAUAUUAGCUAUAGCACGUUGCUUCGCGGGUUGUUGAUGUGGAGAAAGAUCAGAACGGGGCUGCGAGUUUACGAGGAAAUGGUGAGGAAUGGUUUUGAAGUUGAUGAGAAGUUGAUGAAUAGUCUGUUGAGAGGUUUGUGUAGGAAAUUCUUGAGGGAUAAUGAACUAUUAGAAUAUGUACACCAGGUGUUUGAGAAAAUGACUGAAAGAGGAUGUGUUAUUGACAAUGGGACAUACGGUUUGGUAAUCCAAGCAUUUUUAGUGGGAAAGAAAUUUGAUGAUGCUUUGACCAGUUUAAGCCUGAUGAUUAGGUCUGGAUAUAGUCCGAGGUCAAUUACCAUAAACCGUUUAAUUUAUGCAUUUUGUGUAGAGGGGAAGAUCGAUAAGGCAAUCUCGAUCAUAGUUCUCAUGUUUGAAACCCAUAAAUUCCCAGGUAUGGUGUCCUACAAUCUCAUGAUUCGUGAAUUGAAUAGACAAGGAAAGUUCUCAGUGGCUUGUAAUGUCUAUGGGGCGGCAUUGGUUCGAGGUGUGGUUCCGAACCAAAAGCCCCAACGAUGA